GUUACUUUGUACAUUGGUAUGACACAGUUACUUUGUACAUUCCUAUGACACAGUUACUUUUUUGACCUAUAGAACUGCUCAUCCAAUUGCAAAAACAGUUCUCGACGACCGCAGCAUGAUUUAUUUAUUUUGUUACUUGCCGCGUGUUUCAAAGUUUACGCUGAAAAUAAUGUAACUUGUUUAGAAUUAGGAAAGCGGCUAAUUUACUGACAUUAAUUAUUAUUAUUUGUUUAUUUAGCAGACGCCUUUAUCCAAAGCGACUUACAGAGACUAGGUUAUGUGAACUAUGCAUCAGCUGCAGUGUCACUUACAACUACGUCUCACCAGAAAGACAGAGCACAAGGAGGUUAAGUGACUUGCUCAGGGUCACACAAUGAGUCAGUGGCUGAGGUGGGAUUUGAACCAGGGACCUCCUGGUUACAAGCCCUUUUUCUUUAACCACUGGACACACAGCCUCCUAUAUGACAUGAUGCAUUUGUUUUGCAUUACUUAGGGCCUACAUUUCUAAGUGGAAGUGUUGACUAGGACAGGGAUUGAAGCUUUGACUAGACCCGGUAUAUCCAGAGUUUGGAGUAGUGUACUUGUUUAAGAUUACAGGCUGCAGAGAGCCAGAAGAGAUAAAACUCUGGAAUUAGACUGCUGCGUCUGGUAACCCUCUGUUUCUUCUGAGGGUUUGUUACUGGCUGCUCUGAAGAAGGAAAGGUUAGGCCUAUGUAUGCUUGUAAACAUGUGGUAAAUACGAACAGUAAGGACAGAAUCAUUGCAGUUUCCUGCAGCUGCAGUGCAUUGUGUGAAGGGUGUUCACUUUAAGGAUCAUAUUGCAUUUGGAAAAUGAAUGGGACCUUGUAAAUAAAUAUAUCUAUUGUUAAGGAGCUGGUAACUUAAAAAAAAAAAAAAGUGGCUGUUAUAUGAUGCCGUGGUGCCAGCGAAACUGAAUAGCUUGUACAGUAUUGUAUGAUGUUGCUCCAGGGUAAAUGUUUUUUAGGAAUCAAUGGCCUUAUCUGUUGGGUUUUAACAUCUGCUACAUGUUCUUCUUUAAAUAUGCACAAGAGAAUAAGGCCUAGUAUUUUUGAUUGGUUUGUCUUCAUGUGAAGUUUUCUUGUUUUGCAUCAGGCAGUUGGGUCAAAACAAGCGUUUCGGUUUCCAUUUAAAGCCUUUUUUUUUGUUUUUUUCAGUGGUUCAGCUACAGUCUCAAGCAAUUCAUGGUCCCUUUUUAAUACUGUAGGGCCUCUAAAUAAUACUCAAAAUGCCCCACUCAUUCUCCAAGUGAAAUGUAUAAUUCUUAAAGUGAAUACACUUUACCAUAAGCUUACCGAUCCUAUACUGUGCCAGCAAACACAUGCACGUUUUCAUGAAGCUUUGCUGUUUGAAGAAGCAAGCUUAUCAAUAAGGCAGGAAUGUUUCUUUCGAUUCUGGAUAUGUACUGGUGAACGACAGUAUGCUUGCAGUGUUACAUUUACAAGUUUCAUUUUGGCCACUAUUGGUCUACUGUUUAAUUUACAUCGCUGGCUGUACCCUGGGGCCCAGUUGGGGGACUAGUUCUGAACUGUGUAUUGUGUUAGUGUGUUAAAUAAUUAAGUAAAGUUAUAAGGUAGAUUAUAGAUAGACAUCUUGCAAGAGUUCUAUCCUAAUGAGCGUUCUCAUGGCAACAAGGUUUGUGGGUUGCUGUUUUGAAUGGAAUAAAAUCCCUCAUUCUCCAUGUGAAUCUCAUUAUAAGCAGUGCUUUAAAAAAAAAAAAAAAAAAAAAACCUGACUGCAGAGGUUUCCACAAAUAACAGCUGUACUACUUGAUCGUUUUCUGUUGAAUAUUUUAAAUAUAACAAGGGAGUUUUGUAUAAAUAUUCUUGUACUGUACCGUUAUGUGUUUUAUUUGUAACGGCAUUGAACAAAGGUCUCUAUUAAUGUUUGUAAUGAAUAUGAGACUCUCCUACACUUCCUGUAUUUUCACAGAAUGUUACAGCUCUCCUGGGUCACUUUACUUUUUUCUUUAACAACCUUGAGAGACAGACGUUAGCAGGAAAAGGAAACCAGGUGACUGCUGGCUCCUGGCUGCCAUUGGCUCCCUCACACUCAAUGAGAGGCUGCUGCAUCGAGUCGUGCCUCACGGGCAGUCCUUUCAAGAAGACUAUGCCGGAAUCUUCCACUUCCAGUUCUGGCAGUUCGGAGAGUGGAUGGAUGUUGUUAUUGAUGACAGGCUGCCCAUUAAGAACGGGGAGCUGGUCUUCGUCCACUCUGCAGAAGGAAACGAGUUCUGGAGCGCCUUGAUUGAGAAAGCUUAUGCCAAGUUGAACGGCUCCUACGAGGCUCUCUCUGGCGGCAGCACGACCGAGGGGUUUGAGGACUUCACCGGGGGCGUGUCGGAGAUGUACGAGCUGCGCCAGGCUCCCAGGGACCUGUACAAAAUCAUCCAGAAGGCUCUGGAGAGGGGUUCUCUGCUGGGCUGCUCCAUCGAUAUCACAAGUGCCUUUGAUAUGGAAUCAGUGACGUUUAAGAAGCUGGUAAAAGGCCAUGCAUACUCUGUGACUGGACUGAAAGAGGUAGAUUACCGGGGGGGCACGGAGCGCCUGAUCCGCAUCAGGAACCCCUGGGGUCAGGUGGAAUGGACUGGAGCCUGGAGCGACAAUUCCUCGGAGUGGAAUGAAGUCGACUCUUCUGAUAAGGAGGAGCUUCAAUUAAAAAUGGAAGAUGGGGAGUUCUGGAUGGCCUUCAAUGAGUUCCUGAGGCAGUUCUCUCGCCUGGAGAUCUGUAACCUGACCCCCGAUGCCCUGAGCGAUGACAGCCUGAGCUUCUGGAACACCGUCAAGUAUGACGGCAGUUGGCGGCGCGGGAGCUCCGCGGGAGGAUGCAGGAACCACCCGAACACUUUCUGGAUCAACCCGCAGUAUAAGAUCACCCUGCUGGAGGAGGAUGAUGACCCCGAUGACAACGAGCUGGCCUGCAGCUUCCUGGUUGCCUUGAUGCAGAAGGACAGGCGGCAGUACCGGCGGCACGGCCAGGACAUGCACACCAUCGGCUUUGCCAUAUACGAGGUUCCCGAUGAGUACAAGGGUUGCCAGAACGUGCACCUGAAGAAGGAUUUCUUCCUGAAGCACUCCUCGUGCGCUCGCUCUGAGACCUUCAUUAACCUGCGGGAGGUGAGCUCCCGACUGCACCUGCCCCCGGGGGAGUACAUCAUCGUCCCCUCCACCUUCGAUCCCAACAAGGAGGCCGACUUCGUCCUGAGAGUCUUCACAGAGAAGCAGUCAGACACCCAAGAGCUAGAUGAUGAAAUCAGUGCCGAUCUAGAAGAUGAGGAGGAGAUCUCAGAAGAUGAUGUUGAUGAUUCCUUCAAGUCCAUGUUCCAGCAGUUAGCUGGGGAGGACAUGGAGAUCAGCAGGCAAGAGCUCAGGACCAUCCUUAACAGAGUGGUGAGUCGACAUAAGGACCUCAAAACUGAUGGAUUCAGUGUGGAAUCCUGUAGGAGCAUGGUCAACCUCUUGGAUAAAGAUGGCAGUGCUCGUCUAGGAUUGGUGGAAUUCCAGAUUCUGUGGAACAAGAUCAGGAAGUGGCUGACCAUCUUUAGACAGUACGAUCUUGACAGAUCAGGAACCAUGAGUGCCUAUGAGAUGCGCCUUGCUCUUGAAUCAGCAGGUUUCAAACUCAAUAACAAGUUAAACCAGGUUCUCGUUGCAAGAUAUGCAGACAAUGAAACAAUUGAUUUCGAUAACUUCAUCUGCUGCUUGGUCAAACUAGAAGCCAUGUUCAGAUCCUUUCAGCAGCUGGACAGAGAUGAAAGUGGCAUUGUUGAGCUGAAUCUAACUGAGUGGCUGAUGAUGACAAUGUGCGGUUAAAGAUAGAAUUAGUCACCCGAGAGACAUCACGGGGUUGUGCAUCUUGAAACUGCCUCCCAUCUAUACCAUCUUGCACGAUAUCAUCUAAACCCCCUUAACCUUGCUAUUAAACCAAAGUAAUGUGCCUGCAAGUUCCAGAAAGGAUUUUAUGCUAGUCAGGGUCUUGUAUUGUGUAUGCACCAUUCAGGGCAGGUUAAUAUUUAUACCUAAUUUCACCAUUUACUGAAGGUUAAUGUACUAUCUUUGCAUAGAUAAACAGUCACCACACAACCAUGCUAGCAAACUUCUGUUAAGAAAAGUGUGCUAUAUUGCAUACGACAUGGAUAUUGAAAUCAUGCAGUCUAGUUAUGAAAGAUAAGAUUUAUUUUGUUUCACACAUUUAAUCGUGUACUGGUAAAUCUCGAAGAUGCCAGGAGGCCUAAUUUUCUUUACAGGCUGUGAGACUGGAAGUAUCCAGCAGGAGGCAGCAUCCACACAUGUUUUGUUUUUGUACUACACUACAGCUUCCUUUUUUAAUCAGUGUUUUAUGUAUCAUCCUGCCCCAGGUAACAGCAGAACACACACACACACACACACACACACACACACACACACACAUUAUAUAUAAAGUUUGAGUUUGGACUACUUAAAAAGCAAUACUUAAUAAACUGCAUGGCUAUUGAAUCACUUUCUUAUGUCUUAGAUAUGCAUUAUACAAACUGAACACCAGAUAAGCAGUUAUUGUGCUGUUGUAGGCAACUAUACAGUGAUGUUUACUGUUUUUCUAUAAUUGAACAUUUUACUGUUCCAGACACAACAAAAUAGAGAAGGCUGGAUGUUGAUCUGGUCAAGCAAUGUAGCCAACAAGUUAAACAGCGGUCUGAGGGACAUUUGAUUAAUCAUCAUCAUCAUCAGAAUAAUAAUUGAAAUUGAAAAGCAUGCCUUCUAAGGCAACCUAAAUUGUAUUUACAUGUUUUUUUUUAAAGCAGUAUUUUACGGUUAGUAUUUUGAGUAGAAGAUCAUAAUGAUGUUUUCAAUAUUAUUAUUAGAUCUGUUUAAUGUUUGCCAUUCUCCAUUCGAGUACUGUAAUGAAAAUGAAUAGAUAUGGUUACUAAGGAGGCUGUUUUUAAAACAUUGGGCUGAUCCCUUGUGUACUGCAUUACUGCAAUGAGAAAUGUCUACUCAAUAAAGGACCAAAUAAAAACAA